AUGAGUGUUCAAUUCAUCAACAAUCUAAACCAGUCAAGUCAAGCUCACUCGCACGAACCUGGUGGUGUACCUCACACUCACGAUCAUGGCGACCACGGACAUACACACGAGCACCUAGAUCACCCAGGUAAAUUCUCGGAGCGGGAUCUUCCAGACUACUCUCUACGAAACUUCCAAGAAAGAGGCUUUACUAUCGGAAUUGGUGGCCCUGUUGGUUCCGGUAAAACAGCCUUAACCCUUGCGUUAUGCAAGAAGCUUCGUAGUAAAUAUAACAUCGCUACUGUGACGAACGACAUUUUCACUCGCGAAGACCAAGAAUUCCUUAUCAAGAAUAAGGCACUCCCAACGCCUCGUAUCCUAGCCAUUGAGACUGGUGGCUGUCCUCAUGCGGCAAUCCGCGAGGAUAUUAGUGCGAACAUGGGUGCUCUGGAGACACUUCAAGCGAAGUUUGGCUGCCAACUCCUUUUUGUGGAAAGUGGAGGAGAUAACUUAGCUGCCAAUUAUUCCCGGGAAUUAGCUGACUACAUCAUAUAUGUAAUAGACGUGGCGGGAGGAGACAAGAUUCCCCGUAAAGGUGGACCAGGAAUUUCGCAAUCUGACCUUUUGGUAAUCAACAAGAUCGACAUCGCGCAAUAUGUUGACGCAUCUCUUGAUGUGAUGAGACGUGAUUCGAAACUCAUGCGUGGAGACGGCCCAACUAUCUUCACGAGCAUAAAGAACGACAAAGGCGUCGACGACAUCGUGGAACUUAUCUUAGGCGCUUGGCGAACAGCUGGCGAACCCGGCAUACAAGGUGCAGUGGGCGAUAAUGAGUGA